AUGGAUAAAAAGAAAUUAAAAAAGAAGGUUGAUGAUUCUGAUAGUAGUGAUUUGGAAUAACUAUUAGAGAUAUCUAAGAAAUACAAGUAAAGAGUGUUAUGAAUAUAAUUAAAGAAAUCGACCUAGACCAGAAAAGUAGGAAAUCCCAAUAUUGAAAAAAGUGAAGCCACCUGAACCACCACCUUAACCACCUUAGCCAACAACUUUGCCAUAAUUAUCAUCUUUCAAGAAGAGUGAGAGUGGAGCAUAUAAAGUACCUUAACAUCUACAUAAAAACUAUCCUCAUGCUGUGUAUGUAAUUGGAUUAAAAUAGUCGACUCUAUUUGGGGAAUCUGCCAGAUAAUGUAGAUAAGGAUCAUCUUCACAAUUACAUUAGACAAUAAAUGGAAUCUCAUGGAGCUGUAAUUGAUCCUGGAGAUCCAGUUAUACAAGUAUAAUUGUAACCGGGUUAGAAAUAUUGUUUUGUGUAAUUCAGAAGUAUAGAAGAGACAGAGGCUGCAUUAUAAAUAGAUACAAGUAAUUAUUAAGGGAAGUAACUUAAAUUCAAGAGAGUUAAAGAUUAUGAAAUUAGUCCACGUAUUGAAGGUGAAAGAGAAGUGCCAAAGAUUUAACCAAAAGAACCUGCUUAGAAAUUAUUUGUUUGUGGAUUAGCACCUGAUACUGAUAAUGAUGCUUUGGCUAAUAUUCUAAGUGAAUAUGGCAGUUUGAAAUCAUUAAAUGUUGUUAGAGAUAUAAAAAAUGUAUGUAAGGGUUUUGCAUUUUGUGAAUUUGAAACUGAUUUAGAAACAUAAAAUUGUGUUAAUGGAUUAAAUAAUAAAGUUAUUGGAGGUAGAUUAUUAUAAGUUAAGAAGAAUGCUUAAUUGCCUACUCCAACAUAAGAUUAUAUUAUUGAUACUAUAACAUUAGGAGAAUAAUAAGCAUUUGAAUCUAAAUUAUAAUAAAUUAAUUAAAUGAAAGUAAGUAGUGUUGUUGUAAUUAAUAAUGCAGUUAGAAUAAAAAAUAUUGAAGAUGAUUAUGAAUAUAAUUUUAUUGUUAAGGAUUUAAAAAAAGAAAUUGAAAAAAUUGGUAGAUUAAUUAGUAUGGUUGUUCCAAGAAAGAAGGAUGGUUAUUCUGAAGGAAUAGGAAAAGUAUUUGUUGAAUUUGAAAAUGAAUAAUUUGCUAAAAUUGCUAUCAUUUUAUUAUAAAAUAAAAAGUAUGAUGGAAGAGAAAUAGAUAUUUCUUUUUAUGAUCCAAGAUUGUAUGCUGAUAAAUAAUAUUGA